UAGUACCAGCUCUAUUUGACAGCUCUCUUGUAAAACGCUCGUUUAAAAUGCUGAAAAUAUCCAUAAUAAUUGUAAAACUAAUGUGAAUUGUGUGUGUGAGUGCUGCAGGCAGUGUCUGAUGGUGAAAUAUCAUUGAAUUUAAAACGCACAAUUGCCAGAAAUUGUGAAAAUCCAAAAUCAAAAAUGCAAACCUGAUUUGUGUAGAAGAAGAAGCAGGCAUUUUUUCAUCGUCGUAAAAAUACAUACAUGCAGACACAUGCACGCACACAGCCUCAAAUCUAUAGCUGUGUGUGUAUAUGCGAAACGCGCGGGCGCGAAAGAGAGCAAGAGAGCGUAAACGAGAGCAAUAGUAGUUGUCGGUCUUUGUAUACGUGCAUUUGUGUUCGUGUUGGUGUUGUUUUGUGAUAUAGAGAGAGAGUCGCUCGGCGAAUGUGAAAGCCAAAGCAAAAACCAAGAAAUAAGUGAACGAAAAUAAAAACGAAAAAUCGCCAUUCGUCGUCCCCCAAUCCUCUCUGUCCCUGUCACACUCAUUGUGUAUGGUGUUGUUUUGUGAUUGUUUUGUGCAUUACACGGAUAAAAGAGUGUUUGAAAUCGGCCUAAAUUGGAUAUCGGAUAUAUAUUAAAUGCAGCCCCCCUGCCUACCCUGAGCAAAAGAUUGAAGAAAACUCUGCCAAACAGCAGAGGCACACAGACUUUUGUGCGCCGGUGUGUGUGAGUUCGUUUGUUGGUAUAGUUUUUGUGAAGGAAUGGCAAUGAUGUAGACCAGUGCUGAUGCGACCAUUGAUGAUGAUGAUCCGAUCCCGAUAAUGAUGAUGGGGAUGAUGGUGAUAAUGAGCAUGAUGAGGCCGCAGGGGCAGACCCAGAACGCGGGCUUCUGCCACAGCAACAGCCAGCGCCAGCAGCAGCAACAGCAGCAGCAGCACCAGAGAAGUUAAGGCGAAGUUUUUCGCGGAAAGUACAGCAACACAGCUAUGUGGAAAAUUGUAAAUACUACGAAGAAGAGCAAAAACGGAGAACGCAGAAAAACUAAACGCGCAAAAAGAAGAAUUUUCUCUCACUCCUCUCCUUCUGUCACCCAGCCUUAAAGGCCAUAAAGAGCGAGAGCGAGAGAGAGAGCAACAACAGCAGCAGCAGAAGCAGCAAAAAAAAAAACUGUCGUAAAAAGGCAGUCAUAAAGGAAAAACCCACCACUUAAUAGUGGCCUACAACAACAACAACAACACCCAACGCCAACAACUUGUGUGGGAGCCAGGAAAGCGCGCAGUGCCAACCUGCUCCGAUAUCCCAAGUGAUACCCGUAUCGAGUAGCCCCCCCAAACAAUCGAAGGCAAAUGCAACAAACAAGCGGAAAAACAACUCUAUUAUGGGCCGCUCCAAGUUUCCCGGGAAACCCUCAAAGUCGAUCAAUCGUAAGCGGAUAAGUGUCCUGCAACUGGAGGAAGAUGCUGCUGCCUCCGAAGCAACCACGACGGAGCAACAGCAGCAGCAGCAGCAGUCGCAACAGCAGACCGGACAGAGUGCUGGAUCGGCGGCUGGGCGGGAGAAGGGCAACAAUUGUGAUAACGAUGAGGACGACAAUGCCCCAGGCGGUGCCUCUAUUAGUGGCACAGGCGGCGGUGGCAGCUCCUCCACGAGUACUGCAGCCACAAACAGCAACAGUGGCAGCAAUGGCUCGACAGGAGGCACCACCAAUGGCAGCGGUGUGAAUGGCAGCGAGGAGGGAGGUGGCGGGACGCAUCACAAGAGUGCAAGUGCAGGCGCUGAGAACGCCGAGGAUCUCCAGGAGGAGGAGGAUGACGACGAUGACAGUGCCAGUGGCAGCCACAAUGGCGAAAGGAAGACGACAGCAGCCCCCGCCCUCGCCGUUGCCGUGGCCGGUCCCUUUGUGGUCAGCAGUGCACUGCUGCAGCGUGCCCGCAAGGGGGGCAACAAGAAGUUCAAGAACUUGAAUCUGGCCCGAGGCGAGGUGAUGCUGCCCUCUACAUCGAAACUGAAGCACCAGCAGCAGCAGCAACAACAAUUGCAACUUAAUUGCCCCGCUGCAUCCGUUGUAUCCGCCUCCGCCGCUGCGAGCAGCUCUGUGCCCGUCGUCUCCUCCUGCUCUGCAGCAAUGUCUUCUUCUUCGUCUUCUACAAACUCUGCUGUGGCAGUGUCUCCCCCAGCGACAUUGCCACCUGGCGGCGUCUCACCUAGUGGAGCGGCGGCAGCAGCAGCAGCAGUAGUAGGAGACGGUGGAGGAGGAGGAGGAGUCGGGAACACCAGGUCUGUGCUGGAAUCGGUCGAAGAUGUUGCAUUGAAGCGCAGGUUGAGCGAAAUGCCCAGCGAAGGAGGAGUAGGAGCCACAGAGGCCAUCGCUGCUGCAGCAGCAACAGCACCUGGAAAUGGAGCAGCAGCAACAGGAAGUCCGAAAUCAACAUCAGCCGCAGCCACAGCGACAGCUCCUACACCUGCACCUGCACCGCCCAUCAAACAAAAGAAAACGGUGACAUUCAGAAAUGUGCUCGAGACGAGCGACGACAAAUCGGUGGUGAAGCGCUUCUACAAUCCGGACACUCGCACGCCCCUCGUCUCGAUCAUGAAGAAGGACUCGCUGAACCGUGCCAUGGCCUACACCCGCAGCGGCGAGAGCAUCGUGCGGCCCUCCAUUCUCUCCACGAUACUCAAUGGCAGCUCGAACAUCGAUAAACUGAAUUCCCUCAAGUUUCGAUCGGCACCGCCAGCUGGCCAGGAGCCAGCGGGGGGAUCCAGCACAAAUGUCUUCGGGCUGUCGCGUGCCUUUGGGGCGCCCAUGGAGGAGGAUGAGGGCGAGUCGGGGGGCGUCACCUUUCGACGGAAUGAGUCCGAGGAUGAGGACAUGGACGAGGAUGAGGGUAGCGAUGAAGCCGACGAGCAGCAGGACGAGGACGAUGAGCAGGAGCAGGAAAACAGCGCUGAGGCUGCCACGGAGGAGAAGAGUGCCGGCGAGGAGAUGCACGAAAAGGAUGGCUCCUCCUCCUCCUGCUCAUCCGAGGAGAAGCAACUCGUGAUGGAUACACAUUUUGUCCUGCCCAAGCGCAGCACCCGCUCCUCGAGGAUCAUCAAGCCCAACAAGCGGCUGCUCGAGGAGGGGGCCAUCAUCAGGCAUGCGACCACACAGCCCAAGGCCAAGCCCAAGAAUUACUUUGGCCUGGGUGCGGAAGCCUCCUCUUUGUCCUCCAGAAAGGAGACAUUUCCUGGCUUUGGCGGCCUGAAGCUCAACAACAACAGCAGCAACGGCAGCAGCAGCAUCAGCAGCAGCAGCAGCACAAAGCUACUCUGGGAGCCACGUCUGCAGUUCCAGGUGGACACAAAGCCGACAGCAGUGCCGCACAGUGCCAUUUCGCCAGCAGGAGGCCUGUCCUUUGGGACACUCGCAGCGGCAGGUGCUGCUCCAACGACCUGCGCUGUGUGCUGCACAGCCGUCAGCAGCAAGGAGGUGGCCCAGGAGCGAAAAUACGGGAUCGUGGCGUGCGAUGUGUGCCGCAAAUUCAUCUCAAAGAUGACCAAGAAAUCCAUAUCGGCCAACUCGAGCUCCAGUGCAUCAUCCGCCACCUUUGCCGGUGCCGCCACGCAGCUGCAGUGCAAGGGAACAGAGGGCACCACCUGCAGCAUACACUCGCCGAAGAGCAGCCAGCUGAAGAACUUUAAGAAGCUCUACAAGGAACGAUGCACCGCCUGCUGGCUGAAGAAGUGCCUCGUUACGUUCCAGCUGCCGGCGGCGCACAGGAGUCGAUUGGGCGCCAUUCUGCCAGCGAAUAUGGCGCCCAGGGAGGAGAAAUCUGCAACGGAAUUGCUGUCCCCCACAGGAGGAGUGGCAGGCCUGCGAUUCACGCCCAGCUGUGCCACUGGCAGCAGCGGAUCCUCCUCCAGCUCCUCCUCGUCUGCGACGGUGGCGGCGGCGUCGGCGACGUCCUCUGUCAAGUGGAAAUCGAAUGCAGAUGCGACGUGUGCGCCAGUGUCGGCGGUGACAUCGAUCAAGUCGAAUCCAUUGGCCGAGAACAAUGUGACCUUUGGCAGCAUGCCACUCCUGCGACCCGCUAUCCUUGAGAAGCCUUUGUUCCUGAAGAUUGGCAAUGCGACGGAUCCGAAGGUGACCUCCGCCGCAUCCGCCUCCACCUCCACAGAGACGAUGCCUUCAAUAAGUCCCAAUCCGGAGACAAAGGCCACACGAAAGUCAAGCAAACAGGAGAAGGAAAAGGAAAAGGCCAGGGAGCUGGAAAGCGAGAAAUCUAUAGGAGAGGAAACGCCUGCCCCAGAAGCCGCCCAGAAGGAUGAACAGCAGCAGCAGCAGCCAGAACAGGAGGCCACUGGAACAGCAGGCGUUGGUGGCCAAACGGAGGAAGGCGGAGGAGGGGGGGACACCCUCAAAAGGCAAAGGAUCGAUCUGAAGGGUCCCCGGGUGAAGCAUGUCUGCCGCAGUGCCUCCAUAGUCCUGGGUCAGCCUUUGGCCAUUUUUGGCGAGGAUCAGGAGGAGGAGGAGCAGCAGCAGCAGCAGCAGCAGCAGUCGCAACAGAACGAUGCUCCUUCAGUGCCAUCAUCGUCUGGCGCAACUGGAGACAAGACAGCUCCCAUGCUGACGGAUGAAAAUGAUAAUUGUGCCACCUGCACGACAACGGGAACGGCAACGUCUCCCUCCAGUGAAGAUACCAAGGCCAAGAAUACUCAAACAGAGGCUAAAAAGGGAGCAGCAGGAGGAGGAGGUGCAGCGUCAGCAACAGCAGGCAUUAAAGUCACAACCAGAAAUGCGGCUGCUGUGACCUCCUCCGCCGCCUCGAGCCUGAAGCCAAGGAACGGGGACAUCAUCACAGGCGGCGCCAACAGCAGCAGCAGCGGCAGCCAACAGUCGUCCGUUAUGCCAGCUGCUGCCGUGGCAAGCAGCAGAAGAGCAAAGGAUCGCCAGCAGCAGCAGCAACAGCAGCUGCAGCGGACACUCAUCUCGAUUGACUUUUGGGAAAACUACGAUCCGGCGGAGGUGUGUCAGACGGGCUUCGGACUGAUCGUCACCGAGACGGUGGCCCAGCGGGCGUUGUGCUUCCUGUGCGGAUCCACGGGUCUGGAUCCGCUGAUCUUCUGUGCCUGCUGCUGUGAGCCGUACCAUCAGUAUUGCGUGCAGGACGAGUACAAUCUGAAGCACAGCUCGUUCGAGGACACAACGCUGAUGAACAGCCUGCUGGAGACGUCGCUGAGUGCGGCCCACUCGUCGCUCAAUCAGCUGACGCAGCGCCUCAAUUGGCUGUGCCCCCGCUGCACAGUGUGCUACACGUGCAACAUGUCCUCGGGCUCGAAGGUGAAGUGCCAAAAGUGCCAGAAGAACUACCACAGCACCUGCUUGGGAACCAGCAAGCGGCUGCUCGGCGCCGACAGGCCCCUCAUCUGCGUGAACUGCCUGAAAUGCAAAUCCUGCAGCACAACGAAAGUCUCGAAAUUCGUGGGUAACCUGCCCAUGUGUACGGGCUGCUUUAAGCUGCGCAAAAAGGGCAACUACUGCCCCAUCUGCCAGAAGUGCUACGACGACAACGACUUCGAUCUGAAGAUGAUGGAGUGCGGCGACUGCAACCAGUGGGUGCACUCCAAGUGCGAGGGCCUCAGCGACGAGCAGUACAAUCUGCUCAGUACCCUGCCCGAAUCGAUUGAGUUCAUUUGCAAGAAGUGCGCCCGCCGCUCGGACAAUUCGCGCCUGAAGGCCGACGAGUGGCGGCAGGCGGUGAUGGAGGAGUUCAAGGCCAGCCUGUACAGUGUGCUGAAGCUGCUCAGUAAAUCGCGACAGGCGUGCGCCCUACUCAAGCUCAGUCCCAGGAAGAAGCUACGCUGCACGUGCGGAGCAGCCGGGCAGCAGGGCAAACUGCAGCCGAAGGCUUUGCAGUUUAGCAGCGGCUCGGACAAUGGCCUCGGCAGCGAUGGGGAGUCACAGAACAGCGACGAUGUCUACGAGUUCAAGGAGCAGUCCCGGAAUAUCAAUCUGCACAAUGCUAAGGCCGGCAGAUCAUCCUCAUCAUCGUCCAAGUCCUGCUCCUGCACCUGCCAGCAGCAGCAGCAACAGCCGCUGUCGCAGUCGCAGUCCUUCAGCCUGGUGGACAUCAAGCAGAAGAUUGCGGGAAAUGCGUACGUCUCGCUGGCGGAAUUCAACUACGACAUGAGCCAGGUGAUCCAGCAGAGCCACUGCGACGAGCUGGACAUUGCCUACAAGGAGCUGCUGAGCGAGCAGUUCCCCUGGUUCCAGAACGAGACGAAGGCCUGCACGGACGCCCUCGAGGACGACAUGUUCGAGUCGAGUCGCUAUGAGGAUCAGUUGCAGCUGCAACAGCAGCAACAUGAGGCGGGUCCCUGCUCCUCCGCGUCCGUCUAUGCCGAUCACUCGUCCUCGUCGCAGGUGGUGCGCUCGGGUGUGCUGGACAUACCCCUCGAAGAGGUGGACGAUCUCGGCAGCGGUUGCGGCAUCAAGAUGCGCCUGGACACACGCGUCUGUCUCUUUUGCCGCAAGAGCGGCGAGGGUCUCUCCGGCGAGGAGGCACGACUGCUGUACUGCGGCCACGACUGUUGGGUGCACACAAACUGCGCCAUGUGGUCCGCCGAGGUGUUCGAGGAGAUCGAUGGCUCGCUGCAGAAUGUCCACAGUGCGGUGGCCCGCGGCCGGAUGAUCAAGUGCACCGUUUGCGGUAAUCGCGGCGCCACCGUUGGCUGCAAUGUGCGCUCGUGCGGCGAGCACUAUCACUAUCCCUGCGCGAGGAGCAUCGAGUGCGCCUUCCUCACGGACAAGUCCAUGUACUGUCCGACGCAUGCGAGGAACGGCAAUGCGCUCAGGGCCAAUGGCUCGCCCAGCGUCACGUACGAGUCCAACUAUGAGGUGUCCCGCCCCGUCUACGUGGAGCUGGACCGCAAGCGGAAGAAACUGAUUGAGCCGUCGAAGGUGCAGUUCCACAUUGGUUCACUGGAGGUGCGGCAGCUCGGCUCCAUUGUGCCGCGCUUCUCCGACUCCUACGAGGCGGUGGUGCCCAUCAAUUUCCUGUGCAGCCGCCUCUACUGGUCCUCGAAGGAGCCCUGGAAGAUUGUCGAGUACACGGUGCGCACCACCAUCCAGAACAGCUGCUCCUCGACGCUGCAGGCCCAACUGGAUGUGGGACGCAACUACACGGUGGAUCACACGAAUCCCAAUGGCCAAGUUGUCCAGCUGGGACUGGCGCAGAUCGCCCGCUGGCACAGCAGCUUGGCCGCGCGGAGCAGCGACCUUCUGGCCACAGAUGGGGCGGCAGACGGCUGGAGCGAGUAUCCGCAUCCUCAGCCGCAUCCGCAUCUCAGUUCGUGUGUGCCGCCGGAUGAGAAUACGGAGGAGGAGCCGCAACAGAAUGCAGAUCUGCUGCCGCCGGAGAUCAAGGAUGCCAUAUUCGAGGAUCUGCCGCACGAGCUGCUCGACGGCAUCUCCAUGCUGGACAUUUUCAUGUACGAGGAUCUGGCGGACAAGUCCGAUCUGUUUGCCAUCAGCGAACAGUCCAAGGACGGCACCAGCGCGGGACAGCAGGGCGCGGCUGCUGCGCCUCCUCCCCAUCCCAUCUGCGACGAGGACACGCGCAACUCGAACACCAGCCUGGGGGGCGGUGGCAGUGGCGGCAACUGCUGGCCCGCCAGCAAUCCCGUGGAGGAUGCCAUGCUCUGCGCCGCCGCCCGCAGCUCCACACAGGUGCAGGUGCUCAAGACGCGCGCCUGGCCGAAGCUGGACGGCAACAGUGUGGCGGCCAUUAAGCGGCGCAAGCUCUCCAAGAACCUGGCCGAGGGCGUCCUGCUCAGCCUGAGCCAACAACAGCGCUCCAAGAAGGAGAUGGCCACCGUGGCGGGUGUCUCCCGGCGGCAGUCGAUCAGCGAGGAGGCGGCCUCCACAUCCACAUGACUGCGCAGCAAGAGCUUCACGUGGAGCGCGGCCAAGCGAUACUUUGAAAAGUCCGGAGGCCAGGAGGGCGCAGGCGGCAGGGAGGAGCCCGCCAAGAUGCGAAUCAUGCAAAUGGACGGCGUGGACGAUUCCAUCACGGAAUUUCGCAUCAUUGGGGGCGACGGCAACCUGUCGACGGCUCAGUUUACGGGGCAGGUGAAGUGCGAGCGGUGCCAGUGCACGUACCGCAACUACGACUCCUUCCAGCGGCAUCUGCCCAACUGCGAGCAGAUGUCCGCCAGCGAAUCGGAGUCGGAGCAUGCCCACGCCCACGCCCAGCAGCUGAGCGCCGAGAGCCUGAACGAGCUGCAGAAACAGGCCCUGGCCGCUGCCACGCUGGGAAAUGUGGGGGGACUCAACUACCUGCAGACGACGUCCUUUCCGCAGGUCCAGAGUCUGGGCUCCCUGGGCCAGUUCGGACUCCAGGGACUGCAGCAGCUUCAGCUGCAGCCGCAGUCGCUGGGCAACGGCUUCUUCCUGUCGUCGCAGCCGACGAACCACCAGGCGACGGGCAACGGAACGGACGAGCUGCAAAUCUAUGCCAACUCCCUGCAAAGUCUGGCCGCCAAUCUGGGCGGUGGCUUCACCCUGUCGCAGCCCCAGCAGCAGCAGCCACAGCUCAUUGCGGUGUCCACCAAUCCGGAUGGCACACAGCAGUUCAUCCAGCUGCCGCAGGCGACAACGGCACCGGCGGCCACCUACCAGACACUGCAGGCGACCAAUUCGGACAAGAAGAUUGUCCUGCCGCUGAAUGGCGCUGGCAAACCGCUCAAAACGGUGGCCACCAAGGCCGGACAGCAAGCGACGGCAGCGGCCAAGCAAAAGCAACUCAAAUCCGGCGCUGGCCAUCACCAGGUGAAGCCCAUUCAGGCCAAGUUGCAGCCACAGCCGCAGCACCACCAACUGCACCAUCAGCACCAGGUGCAUCAGCAUCACCCACAGCAACAGCAGCAGCAGCAGCAUCAUCAGGGCAUAACGGUGACCAGCAACGGACAGCUGCUGGGGCAGGGCAUGCUGCAGCCGCAGCUGCUGUUCCAGAGCAACGCCCAGCAGCAGCAUCCGCAGCUGAUCCUGCCGCAGCACACACAGCCACAGAACAUCAUUUCGUUCGUGACGGGCGACGGCAGCCAGGGCCAGCCGCUGCAGUACAUCUCGAUACCGACAACGAACGACUACAAGCCACAGCCCCAGGCGGCGCCCACAUUCCUGACGGCCGCACCUGGUGGAGGGGCCACCACCACCUACCUGCAAACAGAUGCCAGCGGCAAUCUCGUGCUGACGACGGCGCCCUCCAAUUCGGGUCUGCAGAUGCUGCAAGCGCAGCCGCAGGUGAUUGGAACCCUCAUCCAGCCGCAGACACUGCAACUGGCCACCACAUCGGCGGGUGGGGAUCCGACCGGUGGCAUUCAGAACGGAUCGAAUGUGCAGCAGCCGCUGAUACUCGGCGGAGCCACAGGCGGCGGUGCGACGGGCCUGGAGUUUGCCACCGGGGGACCGCAGGUCAUCCUGGCCACGCAGCCCAUGUACUACGGCCUGGAGACGAUUGUCCAGAACACGGUGAUGUCCUCGCAACAGUUUGUGUCGACGGCCAUGCCGGGAGUGCUCAGCCAGAAUGCCAGCUUCUCGGCCACCACCACGCAGGUGUUCCAGGCGAGCAAAAUCGAACCGAUUGUCGAUCUGCCCGCCGGCUAUGUGGUGCUCAACAAUACGUCCGAUGGCAGCGGUGCGGGUGCCACAUUCCUGAAUGCCGCCAGUGUGCUGCAGCAGCAACAGCAGCAGCAGAGCCAGGAAGAGAUGCUUCAGAAUGCCAACUUUCAGUUCCAGACGGUGCCACAGACAUCCUCGGCUGCGGAGUACUCUUCUGCCCCGCUGGUGGUCACCGCCAAGAUUCCACCCGUGACGCAGAUGAAGCGAACAGCGAAUGCAAAGGCCAACAACAUCUCCGGUGGUGGGGGAGUGGGAAAGGUGCCGCCACAGCCGCAGGUCGUGAACAAGGUGCUGCCCACCAGCAUAGCCACACAGCAGGCACAGCAGCAGCAGCAGCAGCAGCAGCAGCUGAAGAAUGCAGCAGCAGCCACGGCGGGAUCCACAUGCGGAGCACCGCCCAGCAUUGCCUCAAAGCCGCUGCAGAAGAAAACGAAUCUGAUACGACCCAUCCAUAAGCUGGAGGUGAAGCCAAAGCUGAUGAAACCCACGCCCAAGCAACAACAGCAGCAGCAACAGCAACAGUCGAUGCCUGUCAUGCAACAGCAACAGCAACAUACACAGGUGCAGCAUCCGCCUGUGAUUAGCCAAGUGCCCGCCAAGGUAACAAUCAUCCAACAGCAGCAGCAUCAGCAGCAACAGCAGCGACAACAGCAGCCGCAACAGCUGAUACGGCAGCAGCAACCUCAGCAGCAGCAACAGCAACAGCAACAACUGAUGCAGCAGCAGCAGCAGAUACUCAUCCAACAACAGCCACAGCAAGCCCAGCCAGCGAUGCCCAUCAUCACCAUUGCAGAGGCGCCACCAACAAUGUCCGCGCAGUUUGUGAUGGAAACCCAAGUGCUCGAGCAGCAGCAGCAACAGCAGCAGCAGCCGGAGAUGAUCAAUCGAUUGCAGCACUUUGCUGGUAGCAGCUCCCUGCCCACCAAUGUGGUGAAUCCUUUGCAGCUGCAGGCGACGCCCUGCAGCAGCAUCACAAUGACGAGCACGAGCACCACCAGCACCACGACCAGCAUUAACUGUCGACCCACAAACCGCGUGCUGCCCAUGCAGCAGCGGCAGGAGCCAGCGCCGCUACCGAAUGAGCCCGUCGUGUCAUCGCCGACGCCGCCCAAGCCGCUCGUGGAGCAGCAGGUGAGCCUGCAGAUCUCCAGUGGCAGCGUCUCCAAGUGCUAUGCCCAGAAGGCGGCAGCCUCGCCAUCGCCUCUGCCGUCGCCUGUGUACGAGGCAGAGCUGAAGGCAGCCGCUGCAAUGGAGAGCAUCGCUCUGACCUCAAUGGCCACCAUCAUGGAGGAGGAGGGCGAUGAGGAGGAUGAGGAGGAAGAGGAGCAGCAGCAGCCCACAGAGUCCAUCUACAUGGAGGGACUGUACGAGAAGCAGCAGCCGGAGGUGAAGAGCGAGGUGCUGCUCAUCCAGCAGCAGCAGCAACAGCAGCACCAGCACCAAAUGGACCACCAGAUGGUGAGCAAUGGCUAUCUGCUGGAGAAGCAUCGCAGCUACCAAGGGGCAUCGGUGGUGCCAAUGGACACGGACAAUCCCUACGAGGAUGAGGAACUCGACGAGGAUGACGACGAGGACGAUGACUUCAGCCUGAAGAUGGCCACAUCCGCGUGCAACGAUCACGAGAUGUCGGACAGCGAGGAGCCGGCUGUGAAGGAGAAGAUCAGCAAGAUUCUGGACAACCUCACGAACGACGACUGUGCCGAUUCGAUGGCCACCGCCACGACGGCCGAUGUGGAGGCCACAGCCGCCGGCUACCAGCAGAUGGUCGAGGAUGUCCUGGCCACCACUGCAGCUGCGUCCGCGGCACCUUCCUCUUCGUCUGCCUUUGAGGCCACGGCUGAGGAAACGGCUGCCGUGGAGGCAGCCGCCACCUACAUCAAUGAAAUGGCCGAGGCCCAUGUCCUGGAACUGAAGGAGCUGCAAAAUGGCGUCGAACUGGAGCUCAAGAAGCAUCAGCAGCAGCAGGAGCAGCUGCACCAGGAGACGUCGACGAAGCAGCAGCAGCACCAGCAGGAGGAAGAGCAGGAAGCAGCCACCUCCGUGGCCAUGGAGGUGCCCACAGCAGCGGCCCCAGAACCGCCGCCUCCGAUGCGCGAGCCGAAGAAGAUCAGCGGACCACAUUUGCUGUUCGAGAUCCAGAGCGAGGACGGCUUCACGUACAAGUCCAGCUCCAUCGCGGAGAUCUGGGAGAAGGUCUUCGAGGCGGUGCAGGUGGCCAGGCGUGCGCACGGCCUGACGCCGCUGCCCGAGGGACCGCUGGCCGAUAUGGGCGGCAUCCAGAUGAUUGGACUGAAGACGAAUGCCCUCAAGUACCUCAUCGAGCAGCUGCCGGGUGUGGAGAAGUGCUCCAAGUACACGCCCAAGUACCACAAGCGCAACGGCAAUGUGUCGACGGCGGCAAGUGCCGGUGGUCACGUUGCCACCGGCAGCAGUGGCUGCAGUGCAGCAGCGCUGGCAGCCGCUGGUGGCGAUGCUCAGGCGUUGCUGGACUAUGGCUCCGAUCAGGAUGAGCUGCAGGAGAAUGCCUACGAUUGUGCGCGCUGUGAGCCGUAUGCGAGUCGAUCCGAAUACGACAUGUUCAGCUGGCUGGCCUCCCGGCACCGCAAGCAGCCCAUUCAGGUGUUUGUGCAGCCCUCGGACAACGAGCUGGUGCCAAGAAGAGGAACGGGCAGCAAUCUACCCAUGGCCAUGAAGUACCGAACUCUGAAGGAGACCUACAAGGAUUAUGUGGGCGUGUUCCGUUCCCAUAUCCAUGGACGUGGUCUCUACUGCACCAAGGACAUUGAAGCGGGUGAAAUGGUCAUUGAAUACGCUGGCGAGCUGAUACGCUCCACGCUGACGGACAAGAGGGAGCGUUACUACGAUAGUCGCGGCAUCGGUUGCUACAUGUUCAAGAUCGAUGACAAUCUGGUGGUGGAUGCCACCAUGCGUGGCAAUGCGGCGCGUUUUAUCAAUCACUCGUGUGAGCCGAAUUGCUACUCAAAGGUCGUCGAUAUACUGGGACAUAAGCACAUCAUUAUCUUUGCGUUGCGGCGCAUUGUGCAGGGCGAGGAGCUGACGUACGAUUACAAGUUCCCCUUUGAGGAUGAGAAGAUACCCUGCUCGUGCGGCUCCAAGCGAUGUCGCAAGUACUUAAAUUAGGGCCCAACCCCCUCCCUACACGCAUACAUACAUAUAUACAAAUGCAUAUAUACAUAUUACUCAGUAUCGGAGACAACGGAACAUGAAACAUGAAAGAAAAACAACAAACAAAAAACAAAACAAAAACUCGUAGUUAACGGUUAUUUGCGAUCUAUGUUUGAUCUAUCGUGAUAUACUUUUCGUUUUAUACAACAACCACACCCCCCACAACCCCGCGCCACCCCACAUGAAAAAGUCUUAAGUAAAUGUAAGAGUUAAACAGUUGAUAUUAUUAUAUAUCCUAAUAUAUAUAUAUUAUAUAUAAUCUAUUACUAUAUAUACACACACAUACA